CCGUCUAGUUACUCUCACUGCUGUGGCUGCACCUUCAGCCGGCUGAACAUAGUAGCCUGGUGGACUAAGUGCUGACAUCUCAGAAACUACACCAUAUUUGUCAGACACAGUUUGUCACCAAAUCCUAACGACUGUGUGGCCUAGGCCUGCCAAAAGGCCAGGCCUACAUUUAUAUACGGAAUAAUUAAGUGUUAUUUUUAAUCAUGUCUUCGUCAACUGCUGAUUCGGACUGUCUCUCUCCGGACGACGUUUCGGCCAUGUCGCCUUGUCAAGUGAGUAAAGAAGAUAGAGAAAGCCUUAGUUCUAUAGAAGCGGUAGAAGAACUUUCUGAAGACGAAUAUUUUAAACCGAUAAAAAAAUUGAGAAUGGUGCCAAAUCCGGUACCGAAUCAACCUAAACCUUUGACAUCUUUUCUCAUCAAGGACAUUUUGAAUCAUAAAGCAACACAUAGGAGAACUACGAAUGUUACGGACAAGGGAAUCGUCCGGCCUUGGGAUUUGGACAACAGUACCGUUUCUGGCAGACGGCCCAGAUCGGCAGAUGAGGACUCAAGAUCUGAAAGAUCCGAAAGUGAUUCUCCCGAGAGUCCAUCCGUUUCAAACGCAAAUACCUCUCCUCUAGAUGCACUAUUUGAGAUGACAAGCAAAGCGUUCGAAGGUCUGGAGGCUAACGAGAAGAAUUCCGAAUCUUCAAGAGAUCAUCUGAAUCUCUUCAGUAAUCGACAACAGCCAAAGAAAAAGAGAAAAUCCAGGACUGCUUUUACAAAUCAUCAAAUAUUUGAACUAGAAAAGAGAUUCUUAUAUCAAAAAUACUUAUCACCAGCAGACAGAGAUGAAAUCGCUCAAUCGCUGGGUCUUACUAAUGCCCAAGUCAUAACAUGGUUUCAGAAUCGGAGAGCAAAAUUGAAGAGAGAUAUGGAAGAAUUGAAGAAAGAUGUUACAGCUGCUAAGAUUCAACCCAUUCACUCAGCUUUACUCGACAAUAUAGAAGAUCUCACUUUGUUAAAAAAGGAACUACAUAAAAAGACUAAUUGACCAUUGUGUACAUAUUUUACUUUCAAAAGACUACACUUAUUUAAAAGAUGAAUACAUCAUGUCUGGAUUUUUAUAUAAAUCCAGAAUUUAAACAAAAAUAAUAAUUAAAAAAACAAAUAAUAAUAAUAAUAAUAAUAAUUCUAGACUUUACAGGGUGAUCAGUACUUUCCCGGAUGAUUUCACAUAUCACGUGUACAUAGCCCCGAUGUACUGAGUGCCUUGCAUUUUGUGUGUAAAUACUUCGGAGUGGAAUCUGUUCAUGUUUCUCCUUGUAUAAAUUUAUUCAAAGCUUUUCCAAAAAUUUUAGAACUGUACUUAAAUAAAAAAAACACAAAAAAAAUACUAGGACCUAUAGGCUUGUAGGUAUGUUAAAAUUCUGUACAGUAUCUAGAUUCUAGAAAGCUUUUAAAUUUUAUUCUUCUCUCGAAGUCUUCAAGUGAAUCUGCACUUGUUUGUGAUUGUUCUGACAUGAGGGAAUAUGUACAUAUAUAUAUAUAAAUAAAUAUAAAUAUAUUAUAUAAAAUAAAUAUAUAUAUAUAAAACUAUAUAUAUAUAUAUAUCUGUAGGUCGACAUUCAGGCUGCUUUUCAUGCAAUAUUGCACUUUCCAGUGUUUGAAAUAAAAUAUAUAC